UAUUCGUUUCUCCUCGCUCCAGUUGACUGGUGCUGCCCACUUUCCCUUCUUUCCCAGAUCGAUAAAUACCACACAGCCUUCUCGUUCUCUUCCAUAAACAAAUCAAACGCUCAGAAAAUUUCAGUGACGAUGCAUAAGAGUCCCUCAGGAUCACUGGGGCCUGGCGGGCUUGACCUGAGCCAGGUCUUCUUCAAGCCUCUCCACGACACUGCUCCGCCUUCUCCCACUAAGCGCAACACUAAAAUCUCCGUCAUUGGCACCGGCAAUGUCGGUAUGGCCAUAGCUCAAACCAUCCUCACCCAAGACUUGGUUGACGAGUUGGCUCUCGUCGAUGCUAAGGCCGACAAGCUCCGUGGCGAGAUGCUCGACCUCCAGCACGCCGCCGCCUUCCUUCCCCGCACGAAAAUCAUUGCUUCCACUGAGUAUUCCAUUACCGCAGGAUCUGAUCUCUGUAUCGUCACUGCUGGGGCCCGUCAGAUCCCGGGCGAGUCUAGGUUGAACUUGCUGCAGAGGAACGUGAACCUAUUUGAAUUGAUAAUCCCUCCGCUUGCCAAGUACUCUCCCGAAACCAUUUUGAUGAUUGUUUCCAAUCCAGUUGAUAUUUUGACUUAUAUCGCUUGGAAGCUCUCUGGGUUCCCACCGAAUCGGGUGAUCGGAUCGGGCACAAACUUGGAUAGUUCAAGGUUUCGGUUCCUCAUCGCGGAUCAUCUCGACGUUAACGCCCAGGACGUGCAGGCCUAUAUUGUUGGCGAACACGGUGAUAGUUCAGUAGCGUUAUGGUCCAGCAUAAGUGUCGGUGGAGUGCCAAUACUAAACUUCUUAGAUAAGCAGCAAAUUGCGUACGAGAAGGAGACUCUGGAGAACAUUCACCAAGCAGUUGUGGACAGUGCAUAUGAAGUGAUUAGCCUCAAGGGCUACACUUCUUGGGCUAUUGGCUAUUCUGCGGCUAACUUGGCUCGCUCCAUACUUAGAGACCAGAGAAAAAUCCACCCUGUUUCAGUGCUUGCUAAGGGCUUCUAUGGCAUUGACGGUGGGGAUGUCUUCUUGAGCUUGCCAUCACAGCUGGGUAGAGGUGGAGUCUUGGGGGUCACCAAUGUGCAUUUGACGGAGGAAGAGGCACAGCGACUCAGGGACUCGGCUAAGACCCUCCUGGAGCUGCAAAGCCAAUUGGGAAUAUAAGGUGUCUAUGGAUUUCACGUUAGAAUGCUGCAUUUAGUUGGAAGCCUGCCGGCCAGUCUUUUUUUCUUUCUUCGAUGUUCUCCAAGGUUAUAUGAAAUGAAAUGGCUCCUUUGUCCACUGCCAA